CUCUCGUCCUCCAUGGUGACGAAUACAAACCCCGAAACUUUGUCGGCGCUCUUUUCAAACCAGCUUACCGCGGAAACAUGUUAACUCACCCGUUUAUAAACACAUAACGGGAUUCACAAAGUAGUGUUAUAGUGUGGCUGAGCCAGGACAUUUGUCCAAGUGAAGAUACGUUUCUGUAUGAUGUAGCGUUACGGUGAUAAAUAUUUAGCUAGCAUUAGCCGCCGCGAACGGGGUUUUUAAGCACGGAGUUGGCAAUCUCAACAUCACCAUCAUGAACAGUAGCGCAGAGAGGAAAUACGUAAACUUGCGGAAACGUCUGGAUCAGCUGGGCUACAGACAACCUCUGGGGAUAGACUCACUGCCACUGGUGGAGAAGCUGUUCAGUGAUUUGAUCCACACAACAGAGAGCCUGCGCAAUGCCAAACUAUCAGCAGGAAAGACCGAGAAGGAGAGCCGAAACGUCGAUGCUCUGCUGGAGCCCUACAGGACCGAGAACGCCAGGGUGGUCCGGGAGAACAACGAGCUGCACCUGGAGCUUCUGAAACUAAGGGAGGAGAAAGAUCAGAUCACUAGAGAGCUCAAAACUCGCAUCAGAAAACUGGACCAUGAGACAUCGGACCUGAAGUUCUUGAACAACCAGUACGUGCAUAAGGUUCGCUGCCUGGAGAAGGACAGCAAGGCUAAAGCUGAGCGCAUUCAGCAGCUGCAGGAGAAGAACUUGCACGCUGUUGUGCAGACUCCAGGUGGGAAGAAGCGGAGUAUUCCUUUUAGACGACAGAGAAUGCACACUGAUGAGCUCAUACCUCCCACCUCUACAUCUACCUAUCCUGUCCAGCAGCCAGAUGAUCCAUACAUUGCUGACCUACUACAUCUGGCUGAUGGAAGAAUUAAUGAGCUACAGGAGGAAAUCAUCAAGCUCAAACUAGACCUGGAAAAGUCCCAAGAAUGUGUUAAACAUAUAAACACUCGGGUGGAGGAACGGGACAAAGAGAUUGAGCGUCUGAAUCAUGUACUCCACGGGGGACGCCCUUAUGAUGUCAUUUCUCUUGAAGCUCAGAACGUCAGCAAUGAGAAACUGAUCGCCCAUCUUAACCUUCAGAUUGAGUACUUACAGGAAACCAACAGAACUCUGGAACAUAAAAUGGAGGGAUUGCAUCAGAAAAAGAAGGACGCCUCCACCGAAGUGGCUAGUCUGUCGUUAAAGAACCUGGAGCUCUGCGAAGAGCUGACUCAGAUCGAUCACCUCGCUAAGCGCAUGGAGAUGGACAAGGAGCGGAUGCUGGAAACUGCAGACAUGGAGCUCCAGGAAACUAAAAAAGAAAUUGGAAGGCAGCAGAAAAUCACUGAAGAGUUGGAGGAUAUUAUCACGAAGGCUAGAAAGGAACAGUCUGAAGGAGAAUUUGAAAGAGAUCGUCUCAGAAAUCAGCUGGUGGAGCUUAAGGAACAAAACCAGAAGCUGGAGGGACUUCUGAACUUCCUGGAAGAGGAGAACACCAGGCUGCAGGACAAAGUGGAGAAGAUGAUGGCCGACGACAAAGAGCUGGUUCUGGAGUUGGAGACGAUGCGUGCUGAACAUGGUGUCUGUAGAAGAACGCACUCCCCAUCGCGUCUAGAUGCUUUUGUCAAGAGUCUUGAGGAGGAGAGGAAUUACUAUCGCCAAGAAGCUGAGCGCUACAAAAGAGUCCGAGGACUGAGUCCAAGUUGCAGUCCAGACAGGGGCAGGAGUCCAAAGUCCAAAAAGAUCAAUGGCCAUGUUUCAGAGGAACUGCUCCGUAUAGUUAAAGAACGGGAUGAGCUUAAAGUGGCCCUGUUGGAGUUUGAGAAGCACGUGGAGGACAUUCAGAACAAUGUGAAGGCCCUCUGCAGCGAGAGAGACCACUUAAAAAACCUCUUAGUAGAGGCUCAAGAUGACUCGAAGCUGGCCCGCAGCGCAGGUGUGUCUGCCGAUGCUUUGCAGGAGAACGACUCACUGAUGGCGAGACUAAAGGCAGCCCAGACUUCAGCUCUCACUGACCAGAGGAGGAUUCUGGACCUGGAAAAUACCGUCAAGAGUCUGGAGCGGGAGAAACUGGACCUGCAGUCGCAGGUGUGUCUGCUGAAGGAGAGCCGGGAUGCAGCGGAGAAGGAGCUGAAGGUCCGGUCCUCGGUUCUGGUCCACAACACAGAAGAGGUUACCCAUCAGAGGGCCGAGGCGAACUCUCUCAGGCUGCUGCAGGAGCAGAUGGAGCAGUCCCUGUCCGAUGUCCAGCACAGGCUGUCUGUGAAGAUGAAGGAGCUGCACGCAGCCCACGAGCAGAUUGAGAAACUAGAGGAGCAAUUAGGAGAGCUGAGUCGGCAGAGCUCUAAACACAAGGAGGAAGUAGCUGGGCUUCAGAAGUCCGUCUCCGCCCUGGACAGAGAGAAGGAUGCUCUGCAGGACGAGGUGGAUCACAAGACUGAGAAACUAGCUGCUCUGCAGGAGGACCUGUCCCAGAAGGAGAAGACCCUUGGGGAUGUGAGACUGACGGUCAAAAACAUGGAAACCUCGCUAGCUCAGCUGCAAGGAGCGUUAAACAGCCGUGAACGGGAGACGAGCAGUCUGAGGAGGCAGCUGGACACGUCCCAGGACGAGCUGGUUUCCCUUCGGAGAGACAAGGCGGUCAUAAUCCGAGAGAACAGGAGGCUGCAGGAGGACCUGGCCACGAUGACCCGGGAGAACCAAACUGUACAUGCAGAAAUGGAGGAGGCUUUGCAUGAGAAGGACGAGUUGAAAAUGAGGGUCCACGCUUACAUCUCUGAAGUGUCCAGAAUAGAGAAAUUGAUUGCUACAAAGGAGCAGGAGAACAGGGAUCUGCUGGAGAGGUUCAGGACAGCCAACUCUGAGGUGAAGGAGCGGGAGCAGAAACUGCAGCAGGCUGAAGGCCUCAAUAGCUCCAUCCGCCUGGAGCUGCUCUCCUCAGACACAGAGCGCAAACAGCUCAGAGGUUCAGUCAGACAACAGGAAAGAGAGCUCCAACAACACAUGGAGGCCCUGCAGGCUUAUGAAGCCCAGGUGUCCUCACUGGUACGUGGGAUGUCCCGACUGGAAGAGGAGCUACGCAAAGCGCUGGAGGAGAAAGCUGCUGUCCUGUCAGACCUGGCGUCUGUUCGGGAGCUCUGCGUCAAACUGGACUCUGGAAAGGAGCUCACUGCUCGCCAGCUCACCUCAAAGAGCAUGGACCUGGAGAGGGUCACUGGAGAGCUGGAGGACGUUCGCUCAGAGGCGGAGCUACUGAAGAAGCAACUAGCCAGUGAAAGGCUGACCGUGCGUAACCUGGAGACGCUUCUCUCCACCAACCGGCAGAAAGAGUUUCAGACACACCUGACAGCUAGUGAGCGAGAGUCGGAGCUGAAAGUGCUGCGUGACAGGCUCACCCUGGCUGACAGCAAAAAUGCAGAGCAUGCUAGAGAGGUGUCCCAGCUCCGCGGCAAGGUGUCCCAGCUGCAGACAGAGAUGGACGUCCUGAAAAGACAGCUAACUACAGAACGCUUCGAACGUGAAAGAGCAGUUCAGGAGCUUCGUCGACAGGGUUUAUCGUUCUCGUCCCUCCAAAGCUCCUCCCCCCUCAGCGUCGCAAGCACGUCUCACCACACCACCUCAGAACGCUCGAUUCUCCGCUCCACCGACAAGUCAUCAGACUAGAGUGUUAGCUUCAAGGAUUAGUGACCCUGCAGGAGAGUGAAGUUGCUGUAAGUCCGAAACCACUAAAAGGUUAAGAGUGGCGCUAAAAUGCAAAAGCCCUCGGACACCUCGGUCUUCUCUCCAACCCGCUUACUCAGGAUAUUAAAACAUACACUCCUUUAGAAAUAAAGUUCUCCUAUCCAAGAUGUACAUUCCUCACCAACUCCGCCUACACUUUACCCGUCUGGUGUACGUCAGCUGAUAAAAACAUCUCAUGUUUAUCAUUUUUAAGCACGUCUGACCCGAAGAACUGUUUUAUAAGCAGAAUGUUUUGUAUAAUGUCUAAUGUUCAUGUUUCAUUUUAAAAUGAUUAAAUUAUUCACAAAAGUAAAGGCGUACAAAAACCAACGCGUACAGAUAAAAUGUGAAUUUGAGUUUUAUUUUAUGAAAAAUAAAAAAUUCUAGAAAAGGUGGUAUAAAAAAAAGAAUGGAGUACACAGUGUGUGUUUUAGCCGGCUAAACCACAGGAUGUCCACUGAGGCCAUUAAGCUUUACCUCAUUAAAGGUGUGCAGCACA